CACUGAGAGAUACACCCUGAUUGAAGAACUGAAAACCUGGACUGAAGCUCAGCAGUACUGUAGGGAACACCACACCGACCUCGUCAGUAUAAAGAACGCCAGUGAAAAUGAAGACCUAGUGAAGAAAGCGCAGGGCAAGCCCUUCUGGAUAGGCCUGUUCAAUGAGCCCUGGAAGUGGUCACACCAGGGGGAUAACUACACAUUUCACACCUGGAACUACUGGGAACCAAACAAUUGGGGAGGAGAUGAGAACUGUGUGGCGAUGAGUAAGACUGGUGGAUGGAUUGACUAUGGCUGCAACAAUCAGAAUUCCUUCUUCUGCUGUGAGGGCGGCUCCUCUGGUCAGUGUUUCUAUGAAGGAACUGGGAAGACAUGGCAGGGAGCUCAGAGCUACUGCAGAAACCAAGGCAGAGACCUGCCCACCAUUCAAGACCAGGCCAGGGUUAAUAAGCUUAUAGGUCUUAUACCUUCAUUUACUGUAUAUAACUGGUAUUGGAUCGGGCUGUAUCGUGACAAAGAGAACUGGCAGUGGUCCAGUGGAGGUGAUGUCAUCUACUCCAACUGGGAACCAUGCCUCUUCUGUGCUUCAGUCAAUUCAGAGGGAGAGUGGGAGGAUUCACUCUGCGGUCAGAGUAACUAUUUCAUGUGCUACAGCGAGACCAGCAACAUCACUGAGAGAUACACCCUGAUUGAAGAACUGAAAACCUGGACUGAAGCUCAGCAGUACUGUAGAGAACACCACACCGACCUCGUCAGUAUAAAGAACGCCAGUGAAAAUGAAGAAAUAGUGAAGAAAGCGCAGGGCAAGCCCUUCUGGAUAGGCCUGUUCAAUGAGCCCUGGAAGUGGUCACACCAGGGGGAUAACUACACAUUUCACACCUGGAACUACUGGGAACCAAACAAUUGGGGAGGAGAUGAGAACUGUGUGGCGAUGAGUAAGACUGGUGGAUGGAUUGACUAUGGCUGCAACAAUCAGAUGUCCUUCUUCUGCUGUGAGGGUACCAGCACCUCACCUGAGCCCUGCUCUUAA